UCUGAUUAUGUUCACUUUAUCAACACCUUUACUCCUGACACAAAGAGAAAACAUCAGAAGCGUCUUUACAACACAAGAAGAUGGGUCUCCUGUCCUUCAUGGUGCUUUCACUGACUGUGUUGCUGCAAACAGUUUCCCGCCUGCAGUGGACGAGACCCAACUAAAAAAUCUAGUUUCACAAGUCUUGAAUCUCUACAGACCAACAUACGAGUUCAAUAAUUCUAUGAAACGCCCCAUGUUCAGUCUGGUUGCGAGAAUUCCGUUCAACAGUGAAACUAAUCAGUAUGAUAUCAGCCAAGUCACUGAUGAUGCCAAUAAUGUAAAGGACACCAUCAUAGGUUGUGACGUUUACAAUGGAACAAAUAUACUGGCAGCCACAGUUUUAAGAUGGCCUGAUGUUGUGGAUCAGUGUCCGGAUGGACGUGUUCAGUGGCCUAUAAGAAGCCAGGCUAGAACUUGGGCGGAGGCGUACCGUCAGAAUACGAGGUCAUUUAAUGAAGGCACAGCUGUGCAUGCAGAGUAUCGUACUCUUCAGAACUUGCAUACUUGGCUCAACAAUCACAAUAUAGGACAAGACCUGUUGCUUAUUUAUGUCUAUGCUUCUCCAUGUGCUAAGAGAUGUACAAACAGAGACAAUAAGGGUAAUAUUCUGAAACUCUUAACAGACUAUGUAGAGUUUAACAUAGUGUUUGUGUUUUCUAAAGUAUUCAAGCCUAGAAAUACCAUUAUACCUCCAGAGGAUCUACAGGAUGCUCUGAGGAACCUGGGGGGAACAAUUGGUCUGCAACGCAUAUUUCGUUGUGAUGAAGUGAAUGGUAGGAUGAAAUGUGUAAACUGUAGUAAUAAUACUGGAAAUAUUACUGGGUGGUGUUAUGAUGAUAAUCAACAGCCUGGCAAAAAAAGGCAGGGGGGAACAACGUCCUGA